AUGUCCUUCUUCUCAACAAUCUCCUCGUUUCGAGUGUGGAAGCGCAUUGCUGCCGAGACGAUCAACAGACUCGCCGAAGAACAACAACUUUUCCAGAGGCGAAUAUCGAGUCUGGAUCAUAAAUUCGACAAGAGAAAAAGAGACCUACAUAAUGCGGAACCUGAAAACCUGCUAAGCAGGAUCAAGCUAUACGAGGCGAAGCUGCGGGCACAAGGCCGGGAGAAAACACUUCAGACCAUGAAGUCACUGCUUAAGAAAAUGGUCGACCAGGCGAGGGAACAUGGAAAUAAGCUUUCGGAUAUGCAGCUUCAAGUGAUGAUGGCUCAGCGGAAAAAAGAAUUCGAGUCUAGUGAGAGACCUUAA